AUGAACGAAAUAGAAGUUGAUAAUUUAUCUCAUACCAAUAAAAAUGUUGCAACUGAUAAUAUUAAUAAUAACAAUAAUGAUAUAGAAUUAGAAACAAUACCAAACGAUAGUAAUAAUAGUAAUAAUAAUAAUAAUAAUAAUAAUAAUAAUAAUAAUAAUAAUAAUAAUAAUAAUAAUAAUAAUAAUAAUAGUAAUAGUAACGAUAUAGAAUUAGAAACAGAACCUAAUAAUAGUAAUAAUAAUAAUAAUAAUAAUAAUAAUAAUAAUAAUAAUAAUAAUAAUAAUAAUAAUAAUAAUAAUAAUAAUAAUAAUAAUAAUAAUAAUAAAAAUGAAAAUAAUAAUAAAAUUAAAAAUGAAAAAAUAAAUAUAUUAUUAUCAAUUAAGUUAUAUUUUAUUCAAUAUUUUAAGAAAUGGAAAGGUGGAGAGAAAUCACCAGUUAGAGCAGAUCUUGAAGAGAUUGGAUGGUCAUGGUUAUCUUCAUUUAUUGGUAUAUUGGUAUUAGCAUUAUUACAUUAUAGGGUAACUGUUGAAAAAGAGACUAUAUUUUUACUAGGUUCAUUUGCAGCAUCUGCUGUAUUAAUUUUUGGUGCUCCAAAAUCACCAUUAGCUCAACCAAGAAAUUUAGUACUUGGACAUAUAGUAUCAGCAACUGUUGGUUCAAUCAUUAGAGUUGCAUUGGUUUAUACAAAUGCUCAAACUGAAGUAGCAUGUGCUUUAGCGGUCAGUUUAGCAAUUGUCGGAAUGCAUUUCACAAAAUCAAUACAUCCACCUGGUGGUGCCACUGCCUUGAUUUGUGUUAUGAGUGCCGAGCAACGUUGGAGAGGUUUUUAUUAUAUAUUCGUACCUGUGGCAUCAGGUUCUUUAACAAUGUUAUUAACUGCAUUAAUUGUUAAUAAUUUUGCAAGAAAAAGAAAGUAUCCUGUAUUUUGGUGGUAA